AUGUUUUCAAGGCCACUUAAAAGAUGUCUAAGAGCAUCUCCUAGGUGCCACGUUGAAGUUAACAUCUCCAAAGGAGAUGCUCUAAGUUACCUACAACAAGUGCAAUUUAGUGACAAGAAUGUUGACGCGGAAAAUGGUUUGGCCCUUUUCCUGCUCAACUUAGUGAUGUUAGCCUUCAGUAUGCUUCUAGGCCUUGGUGGAGUACGUGAUCUGCAAGAUAACGCACGCUCGGUAAGACCUUAUGGCACCGGUGUGGUACCGGCCGAAGGCUCUCCAAUGCUUAAGUGA